AUGCAGUGGAGGGGUCGUCUGUCACCCUUGCUGCUACAGACGGCCAUGGCUCUCCAGGAGUGUGAUGCGUGCCUUCCGUCGCACGAGGGCGCCGGAGUUGACGUGUGCCGCGAGUGUCGCGCCAGCUUCGACAGUGGGCGGCUGCCUAAGGCCUGCUCGGUCAACAACAUGGCCAUCGGUUGUGAGCACCGGUACCCCGAAGAGCUUGAUGACCUCUCUCCCGUCGAAGAGAGACUCAUUGCCCUGCAUGCACCUUUUGGCUAUAUCACUAAGUUCACCGUCGACAACAAGACCCGUUCGGGAAUCAGUUACCGCAAGCACGUGAAAGGACAUAUUGUCGUCUUUCCGAACAAAGUGGACGAUCUCGUGGCCACGGUUCUUCCUCAUCCCUUGCUGCAGGCCAUCGAGAACAUUCACGUCUCUUGGAGCGGUUCGGCUAAGCCUGGCUCCGCAGACGUCAGAAACCUGCUUCAGGUGCGCAAAUCUCGAGUGGCAGCUGCCUUGGCAUGGCUACAAAGGAACAACCCGCUUUAUGAGGGUAUCGCAAUCAACCAAGCAGAGAUGGACGGCUGGCAGUAUGCCGACGGCUCCACUGUUCCGACCGUCAUCAUGGACCGCAUGCGAAGAGAGGAACCGUCGACUGUUGAGAAGACACAAACGGACCACAUAGUCCCGGACACCGAUCGAGGCUUGCAGGAAAACAGCUUUAGAAGCAUCGAUGAACUGGUGAACUCGAUCGAUCCUACUUUCAUCGCCGAAUCUUGCGAUUUGAACUGUACUCUGUCGACCGAGCAGACUCAACCCUCUGGGAAGGGGCGGCCCGAAAUCGAAGUGCGACUCGAGUCACAGACGACAAGGCGGCCCUGCCGACCGUCGUCCGAAUCACUCGCUUAA